GCCCCAGCGGCCGGCGGGCCAGAACGCAGAGAGCCGCCGCCCGGCCGGCUGUGGAUGGAGGCGGCGGGCCCUGAGCUGCUCCGGGGCUGAGGGGCAGAUAGCAGGACCUCGACUGGCUCGCCAUGGAGGAGGAGGGCGUGAAGGAGGGUGGCGAGAAGCCCCAGGCGGCUCGGAUGGCGGACAAGGAGGGCUGGCUGAAGAAGAGUGGUGGCGGGCUCCUGGGGCUCUGGAAAGACCGCUACCUGCUGCUGUGCCAGGCCCAGCUGCUGGUGUGCGAGAGUGAGGAUGAGCAGAAGUGCGUGGAGACGGUGGAGCUGGGCAGCUACGAGAAGUGCCAGGACCUGCGCGCCCUGCUCAAGCGGAGACACCGCUUCAUCCUCCUGCGCUCACCUGGGAACAAGGUCAGUGACAUCAAAUUCCAGGCACCCAGCGGCGAGGAGAAGGAGUCCUGGAUCAGAGCCCUCAACGAGGGUAUCAACCGGGGCAAGAACAAGGCUUUUGAUGAGGUCAAAGUGGACAAGACCUGUGCCCUGGAGCACGUGACCCGGGACCGUGUGCGGGGGGGCCAGCGGCGCCGGCCACCCACCAGAGUCCACCUGAAGGAGGUGGCCAAUGCGGCCUCAGAUGGGCUGUCUCGCCUGGACUUGGACGUCCCCAACAGCCGGCCAUCCGCCUUUGUCCCCAAUCAAGAGGAUGAUGCUGUGGCCCCUCCCCGGGAGAAGCCUCAGCCCCUCAUGCCACCCACCAAGCUGUCCCCAGCACCCCAGAAGGCCAGCCUGGGAGACCUGACUGAGCCUUCUGCAGGGGAGAGGGCACCCAGCCCAGAGGCCCUGCCCAACAACCUUGGGGAUGAGGGGGCAGCACCAGAGGACCCCAGCAUUGAGCCCCGCAGCGGGGUCUUGCCUGACAAACUGAAGGUGAGCUGGGAGAACCCCAGCCCUGAGAAGCCCCCCACCCUGGACAGCGCCAAUGGUGCUGAGCUGCUCCCUGGGUCCAGCCCUGAGCAGCCCGAAGCCGCCCCCAAGGAGGCGGGGAAGUCCCCCCCAGUCCCCCCACCCAAGAUCCUGUCAAAGAAACUGAAGGCAUCCAUAAGAGGGAUAGAAGCUUCUGGGACCUCUGAGACCUCGGCGCCGGAACCGGUCCCGGUGAAUGGUGUGUCCGACGAACCCCUUGAACCCUGUUCAGCCCCCAAGGACCCAGGGACAUCCCCCCCAGAUGCAGUGACCCCUCCAGAUGCAGCAGCCCCCCCAGUGAAGCCCCCCAUGGACCCUGAAGUCCCCUGCCAGCCCCGCUGCUCCUCCAUGGGGGACCUGCUGAAGGAGGUGCCCCGGGACCCCCGGCAGCGGCUGUUCCGGGCCCAGCUGGGGGUGCAGGCAGCCUCGGAGCAGACAGAGAAGCUGCUGGACUCAGUGCUGAGCGGGGGGCCGGCCCCCCCAAGCACCAAGACGCUGCUUAGCCAGGCCGUGGAGCAGCUGAGACAGGCCUCACAGGCCCUGCAGGAGAUGGGGGCGCUGGACGGGCUGCACCCCGAGACCCAGCGCAAGGAGUUGGUGACCCUGUACCGCAGGAGUGCACCCUAGGACGGUCGGGCACCCUGGGGGCCUCCCACUAGGCCUGGUACCACCCAGAACCACCAUCUGCCACGGGGUUCUUCUUCUGGACUGUUCCUGCCCGCCUGGGGGCGUGGGCACUGCCCUCGGGGUUUGGGGGUUGCAUCAAGUCCGAUUCCCACCCCCCCAUUUCCACGUUUACAUUUCCAACUGCUGAACAGAGCACAGCUGAGCCCCCCAGCCCCUUCCCCAGGUCACCCCAGCGAGAGGAUGGCUGCUGUCUGUGUGAGGGAAGCCCUGGGCCCCAGCCUUCAGCCACCCCACUGGGCCUGCCUCCCUGGGAUGUCAGCCCCCCAGGAGGAACUAGAAGCUUCUCCUAGUCCAGCCCUGGCUCCCAGGACCAGCAUCUUCCCAGAGGGGUGACACCCCUGCCCCCCCAAUAGUCUCAGAAAACUCUGGAUGCAAUAGGUUACACUUCAGAGUUUUAAAGCCGCCCACCUAGGUUUUGGGGGGGGGCAAUUUUGACCCACCAGUUCCUCCUCCACCCAGCAGGUCAAAUAUCACAGUCUUGCUGAUGGGGAUGGUCGGAUCAGAGCCUGAGACCCCCUUCCCCUCCCCUGGCCUGACUCUGGCCCCAGUGACCUGUCCCCCUCAACUUCCAGUCCGCAGCUGGGGCUGAGAGGAUACUCAGGGUCCAGAGGCUUUGGACUAGGCUGCCCACCCCCACCAGUCCUGCCAAGGUCUUUCUGCAUGUGCACCUUUGUUUACCGAGAGAAAUGGGGUCUCGCUCCCCAGAACUGCAAUACACACCACCAGCUGAGCCCACCAAGGCCUGCCCACCCAGGGCCCCCUUCACUCUGCUUUUGCUGUGUCCCUGAGGGCAGUGGCCUGGGACGGGGGGGGGGGGGGGGGGGCAGUGUGGCCUGUGCCAGGCAGGGGGUGGGCCGCUGUGGCCCCUAGAAACUUCCCCCCCCACCUGCCGCAGCCUGCUUCUCCCUCUUCCGUCCCCACCCGCGGCGAGGACCAGAAUGUCACCGGCAUCCACUGUCACAAGGUCCCCGCAUCUGCCCCGGAGCCUGAGCUUACUCCUGUCACGUGACCAGCACAGCAGCCGCCCUGGUGGCCAAAUGCUGAAGCCGCCUAGGUCCCCUUGCCCUGGUGCCUGGCACCUGGCUCCCGGGGGAGAGUGGGGGCCAGAGCCUUGCCACCUCCUCCAGGGAGGUACCCUGCCUUGUCUUCUGCUUCUGAAGCGCCUUCUCAAGGGUUGCAAUAAAGCUCUUUUUAUGGAA